ACGGGGGACUGUCGUCAGUGUGCUGGGUUCCCCAUUUGUGUUUCGUCUUGCUUCUGCCCUGCAGCGGCAUUGACCACAGUCUGCAGAACACAUGGCCUGGCCUCAUGUGAAUGUGUUUACUAGCAAAAGAGACCAAGGUUGGGGCCCAGAGGAAAUAUGCCACUAAAGCGAGUUUUUUCUUGAGUCUACAGGUCCCACCUCUCCAGGAGCAAGACAAUUCGUGCAGUAGGAUCAGAAAACUCCAAGGUCAGGAAUCCAUCCUGGGUCAGGGGACCGCUGACCAGAGGCCUCCCCCAGGAGGACCCUGGCAGAGGCACAAGAGUCACAGGACAGAGCAGGUUCUAGAGUGGCUGUUUAUUUCCCAGGAGCAGCCGAAAACCACCAAGUCCCGGGGACCAUUGUCAUUCACGGAUGUGUUUGUGGACUUUACCUGGGAAGAGUGGCAGCUGCUGGACUCAGCUCAGAAGCACCUGUACAGGAGUGUGAUGUUGGAGAACUAUAGCAACCUGGUGUCCCUGGGGUAUCAGCACACCAAACCUGCUGUCGUCCUCAGGUUGGAACAAGGUGAAGAGCUGUGGAUGAUGCAGGCCCAAAUCCCAGGUCAGGGCCACCCAGACAAAGUCUGGGAAAUUGAUCAUCAUAUGGAAGGGCAUCAAGAAAAUGAAGGCAAGCUGGGAAGGAUGUCAGAAGGCUAUGAAUGUACUGCAUUUGGAAAACUAUGUCUUGUUAGUUCAAAUUAUGUUUCUUCAAGACAAAAGCUUCUUAAGUGUGGUACACGUGGAAAGAGUGUGAAAUAUAAUAUAGAUUUCGAUACUAAUUAUGCUGAAAAGAAUCCUAAUGAGUUCCAUCCACAUAGGGAAUCAUUCCUUCAUGCUAAACAUGAGCAAACUAUUAUUGGAAUAAAAUACUGUGCAAGUAAUGAAUCUGGGAAAAUUGUCAAUAAGAAGUCACAACUCAUAUGCCAACAAAUGUAUAUGGCAGGAAAACCCUUUGAAUGCAGUUACUGUGGGAAGGCCUUCAGCAGCAAGUCAUACCUUGUGAUGCAUCUGCGAACUCAUGCAGAAGAGAAACCCUACAAAUGUCAUGGAUGUGGGAAAGAUUUCAGCAGCAAAUCCUACCUCAUUGUACAUCAGAGAAUUCAUACAGGAGAGAAACUACAUGAAUGCAGUGAAUGUGGGAAAACUUUCAGUUUCAAGUCACAACUUGUUAUACAUCAGAGAAUUCACACAGGGGAGAAUCCCUAUGAAUGUUCUGAAUGUGGAAAAGUCUUCAGUAGGAAAGACCAGCUUGUUUCACACCAGAGAACUCAUUCAGGACAGAAACCGUAUGGGUGUAAUGAAUGUGGGAAAGCUUUUGGUUUGAAAUCACAGCUCAUUAUACAUCAAAGAAUUCAUACAGGAGAGAAACCCUAUGAAUGCAGUGAAUGUCAGAAAGCCUUUAAUACAAAGUCAAAUCUUAUGGUACAUCAGAGAACCCAUACAGGGGAGAAACCUUAUGGCUGUAGUGAAUGUGGUAAAUCCUUUACUUUCAAGUCACAGCUCAUUGUACAUCAGGGGCUUCACACAGGAAUAAAGCCUUAUGGGUGCAUUCAAUGUGGGAAAGCCUUCAGUCUGAAGUCACAGCUUAUUGUACAUCAGAGAAGUCACACAGGAAUGAAACCUUAUGUAUGCAAUGAAUGUGGCAAAGCCUUCAGGAGCAAGUCAUACCUCAUGAUCCAUAUGAGGACUCAUACAGGAGAGAAACUCCAUGAAUGCAACGAAUGUGGGAAAGCCUUCAGUUUUAAUUCACAACUCAUUAUACAUCAGAGGAUUCACACAGGAGAGAGCCCAUAUGAAUGCCAUGAAUGUGGGAAAGCCUUCAGUCGGAAAUAUCAGCUCAUUUCACACCAGAGAACUCAUGCAGGGGAGAAACCCUAUGGAUGCCUUGACUGUGGAAAAACUUUUGGUUUGAAGUCACAGCUUAUUAUACAUCAUAGAACUCAUACAGGAGAGAAACCCUUUGAAUGCAGUGAAUGUAGCAAAGCUUUCAAUACAAAGUCAAACCUUAUGGUACAUCAGAGAACUCAUACAGGGGAGAAACCUUAUGGGUGUAGUGAAUGUGGGAAAGCCUUUACCUUCAAGUCACAGCUCAUUGUACAUCAAGGAGCACACACUGGUGUAAAACCCUAUGGAUGUAAUCAGUGUGGAAAAGCUUUUAGUUUGAAGUCACAGCUCAUUGUACAUCAGAGAAGCCACACAGGGGUGAAACCCUAUGCAUGCAGUGAAUGUGAGAAAGCUUUCAGGAGUAAGUCGUACCUCAUUAUACAUAUGAGAACUCAUACAGGAGAGAAGCCACAUGAAUGCAAUGAAUGUGGGAAAUCCUUCAGUUUCAAUUCACAACUCAUUGUACAUCAGAGAAUUCACACAGGAGAAAAUCCCUAUGACUGCAGUGAAUGUGGGAAAGCCUUUAAUAGGAAAGAUCAGCUCAUUUCACAUGAGAGAACUCAUGCAGGGGAAAAACCUUAUGGCUGCAGUGAAUGUGGGAAAGCCUUUAGUAGCAAGUCAUACCUCAUUAUACACAUGAGAACUCAUUCAGGAGAGAAACCAUAUGAAUGCAACAAAUGUGGGAAAACCUUCAUUUGGAAGUCACUACUCAUUGUACAUGAGCGAACUCAUGCAGGGGAAAACCCUUAUAAAUGUAGUCAAUGUGAGAAGUCCUUCAGUGGAAAAUUAAGGCUCAUUGUACAUCAGAGAAUGCACACAAGAGAGAAACCCUAUGAAUGCAGUGAAUGUGAAAAAGCCUUCAUUAGGAAAUCUCAGCUCAUUGUACAUCAGAGAACUCAUUCAGGGGAGAAACCCUAUGGGUGUAAUGAAUGUGGAAAAAGCUUCUCUCAGAAAUCAAUUCUCAGUGCACAUCAGAGGACUCACACAGGAGAGAAACCCUGUAAAUGCACUGAAUGUGGGAAAGCCUUUUGUUGGAAGUCUCAGCUCAUUAUGCACCAGAGAACUCAUGCAGAUGAGAGACAUAUUGAUGAAUUAAAUGUAAGAAACUUUCUCUCCAAAGUCCAUUCACAGGAAAUACCAGCUAAUUCACAUAGAAGAGAAGCUCUAUAAACGCAAUCAUCUCUUACGCCAGAAACCUCAUACUUAAAGGAGCCAGCCUUGCGUGUGUGCAGCGUGUGGAAGAGCACCUACAGGAAGCCGUGCUUUACAUGUUGAAAUAGUGUUAGCGCACACAGGAGCCCUGUGAAUUCAUGAGCCCUAUGGGAGUUGUCAGCAGCAUGUCAUACCUUUACUAAGUCUACACAGGUGAGG